UCUUUGAUCCCUCCAAAUCUCCAAUGCACUCACUUACCCAAAAAAUAUUUUGCGAACAUAAUUACUCGGAGGAGAAAAGGAAGCGUUGUUGGUGGGAUUCUCUUCUUUCUUAUAUUUUUGCUUGUCAUAUUUAAGAGGGUUUCUGAAAAUGCAAAGCUUAAAUCUUCUUGUUUUUGCAUUCCGCGCUUCCAUUUUCAACUGAAAACAAUGGGUAGAAGUUGGGUCAUUUUGCUCCUAGUGGUUCUCUGUUGUGGGUUCUGGUCAGUUUCAGCUUCAGCUUCGGUUAGUCCUCCUGCAAAAAUCAUCACUGGGGUUGUCUCCAAUGUGGUCUCUGCUCUUGUUAAAUGGUUGUGGUCACUGAAAUCUACCACAAAAACUGCCUCUUCUGGUCGUUCUUUAAUGAAAUUUGAAGAUGGAUACACUGUGGAGACUCUAUUUGAUGGAAGUAAGCUGGGAAUCGACCCAUACACAGUUCAGACAUCUCCAAGUGGAGAGCUUCUGGUUUUGGACUCUGCUAACAGCAACAUCUUCAAGAUUUCAACCCCAUUAUCACGUUACAGCAGGCCCAAGCUGAUCGCUGGAUCACCUGAAGGGUACUCUGGGCAUGUAGAUGGGAAGCCAAGAGAGGCAAGGAUGAACCACCCAAAAGGCCUUACUGUGGAUGACAGAGGAAAUAUUUAUGUUGCAGACACCAUGAAUAUGGCAAUCAGGAAAAUCAGUGAUACAGGGGUUACAACUAUUGCAGGAGGAAAGUGGGGCCGAGCAGGAGGUCAUGUUGAUGGUCCGAGUGAAGAUGCAAAAUUCUCAAAUGAUUUUGAUGUGAUUUACAUAGGAAGUAGCUGCUCUAUUUUGGUUGUAGAUAGAGGAAACCAGGCAAUUCGAGAGAUUCAACUCCAAGAAGAUGACUGUGCCCAUCCAUAUGACAGCAGUUUCCAUCUAGGGAUAGUGGUGCUGGUUGCAGCUGCGUUCUUUGGUUACAUGCUAGCAUUGCUGCAACGCCGAGUUAGCACAAUGUUUUCUUCCAAAGAUGAUGCAAGAACUCCGAUGCAGUAUGGCACACCAUCAAUGUCAUAUCAAAGACCUCAUAAAUCAAUUAGGCCUCCUUCAAUUCCAACUGAGGAUGAACCAGAGAAAGCAGAAGAGGGUUUCUUUGGUUCAUUAGGGAGGCUUUUUCUCAAUACGGGUUCAUCUGUUGCUGAAAUCUUUGGAGGAUUAUUUUCUGGUUCCAAAAAGAAGCCAGUCUACAGUCAAAACCGGCUGGAAUACCAGCAGCCAUUCAAACAUUCAAAUGCAUGGCCGUUGCAAGAGAGCUUUGAGAUUCCAGAUGAAGAUGAGCCCCCACCAUUGGAAACCAGAACCCCUACACCUAAGAGAAACUACCCAUUAAUGGUUAAGGACCCAGAUAAGAACAGCCAAUUUAGGCAAAGCCGAAAUCUUUACAGCGCGUGGGAUGGCAACUGUCACCAACAGCAACAGCAGCAGAUGCAGCCACAGCAGCAACAACAACAAAGGCAGCAUCACCAGAAGCAUUACUCUUCCAGCCCUCAAACUUAUUAUGAGAAGAGUUGUGAGACAAAUGAGAUUGUGUUUGGGGCAGUUCAAGAACAGGAUGGGCGACGCGAAGCCAUGGUGAUAAAGGCUGUUGACUAUGGAGAUCCAGUCUACAAUCAUCAUAACAUUCGGCCCCGAAUCAAUUAUAUGGGUUACUCGCAUGGCUAUUGAUCACUUACACCUAUGAAGUAUGAAGAUGAUGUUUCGGGGAGAAGAAUGUUGGUAGAAGGUUUUACUUUAAAUGUUAUUUUUUUUCCCCUUUAAAGCGGAAUUUGUUAUGAAAGUUUAUUCCCUGAAUGAAUGUGCAAGAAAGUAAUAUAAAUGAGCAAGAUCUUCUUUCUCCUUUUGACCAGAAAUCAGGAGAUCCAAA